CGCACUGUCGAAGGAUUUCUUGAAUCAAAUAUCAAAAUAAUUUAUAAUACAAAAAAGAAUGUUCCUGAUCAAAACUGUGCAUCAAAUUUAAGUUCAUUUACCAAAUAACGUACUCCAAAAGUUGUGAACGUGUAGUGAACGAGAUUGGAAGUGAUUUAAGACAAUGAAAAAAAGUUUUAAAAAAAAAUAUUUAAGAAAUCGUGAAAAGCAAAUAUAAUUUUAUAUUUGGGACAAUAAAAUAGAAUAAAACAUAUUCAAAGUCAGCAAAACUUAUACAUCGAUUUCCUUGCGAGAGAAGAGAAGAGCAGCGAAAUAUUAAAAAAAUACUAUUUGAAAAAAAGAAUAAUAUUAAUUAAAUGAAGUUAUCAAGUGAAGAAAUCAAAGAAGAAAAUUAAAUUAAAUUCAUAUGAGAGUGGUAAAGUGAUAAAAAAAUAAAAAACUAAAAAAAAAAACAAUUGAAAAGCUAUAAGAAACUAGGUGCAGUUGAUAAUAUAAUUAAUAAUUGUUUUCAAGAAAUCUUUCUUAAUAAGAAGAAAGCACUUUGAAUGAAACAUCAAACACCAUCAAAUGAGAAAGUGAAAGAUCAUUUAAUCGCCAAUCGAUUGCAUCAAAACGCAUCAAAUUUUGAAAGCCUUCUUGAGCUUGAAACAAUCAAUAAUCCAUCAGACGUAGUAACAAUGAUGACAAACGAUUCUCUUGAUUCAACAGGCACAAAAAUGCUUUUGCCUCAUGAAAUGAGUGCAACAAGCGGAGGUGCGUCAAGCUUUGUCGGUCAACAUUCCAUACACCACAGUUUGAGCGAUCAAUUGCAUCAUGGAACUUCAUUCUAUCACACAAACAGCGGAGGCUUUAAUGGCUUUCAUAACUCAUUUCAUACAUAUUCCUCCCUAAACACCACUAGCUCUAUGCUUGGAAAUAAUCACACAACGUUUAGCAACUUGAUACAUCAACAAAUGAACAAUAAUCAUCAUACGGGGACAACAAUUUCCUCAGUGCCGCCACUCAUUCAUCAGCAAACAUUUUAUACCAACACUAGUGAUAAGGAGCAAUCCAAUGAGCCUCUAAAAAGUGUAAUAAUUAAAGAAGAAGAGAAAUUAGUUUUGCCUGAUGAAAUCAGUGUGCCAGUUGAGAAAGAAGAAGUGCUAGAAGAAGCGAACGAAGAACCUGAACCGGAAAUUGACAUUGUAAUAAGCAAUGUUGUGUGUGCUUUUAGUGUUCGUUGUCAUCUGGCAUUGAAAGAUAUUGCGCUCAAUGGUGCAAAUGUUGAGUUUAAAAGAGAAAAUGGAAUGGUAACGAUGAAGUUACGCAAGCCAUAUACAACAGCAUCUAUCUGGUCAUCAGGAAAGAUAACAUGUACGGGAGCAACUUCAGAAGAUCAGGCAAAAAUUGCUGCUCGUCGAUAUGCUCGUGUUCUUCAAAAGUUAAACUUCAAAGUUCGUUUUCAAAACUAUCGAGUCGUAAACGUAUUGGGAACAUGCAGAAUGCCAUGGGCAAUAAACAUCAUAAAUUUUUCGGAGAAGUAUAAGAAAGAUGCAAGCUACGAGCCAGAACUUCAUCCUGGUGUUACAUACAUUCUAAAGAACCCCACUGCCACAUUGAAGAUUUUCUCGACAGGAAGCAUGACGGUGACAGCUCGAAGUGUUGCCAAUGUUCAAGCAGCUAUUGAGCACAUUUACCCGCUUGUAUAUGAGUUUAAGAAACCCCGAAUUUCCAAAGAGCCUUUGACCGAGGAAUGCCUCAUUGCUGAAGAAGAUUCGGAUGAUGACGAUGAUGAUGAUUUUGAUGAUCCUGAUCAGGAAAUAGAAGAUGAUCCACUUGAGAUUGGAUCCAUCGCUAAUAAAAAACGAAAACUUCGUGAUGUUUCACAUUUGACAAAGCGUUAUAAGAAAAAGCGAACAUCUAAGCGGCCACCUGGAAAAAUGAAUGAUCCAAGUGAGAAUAUGAUUUAUGUUAGCGAUGGUGAGAUCGAUGCUGACGAUCCGGAUGAUUUUUAAAAUAUCUCUAGUAGAUAUGAAUAUUCGUCAGCGUCAUUCGAAGUGUCUUUUUGAGAAUCUUGAGGAUUUUAUGGUUUCGCGGGUAACGAGAAUUAGCUUCAAACAUUUUCCGUGGCCAUUAAUGCAAGAUUAUCUUAUUUAUUAUUUUCGAUGGGCGUAAGACGUAAACCACCGAAUAUUUUUUAGUUUUCCUUAUGUUUUCUCCAGAUUGUUUUUCUUUUCUUCAUUGUUGAAAUUUUUUUUCGAGAUUUAAAGGCUUCCAAUAAAUAUCUACAAGAAUAAAUGUUUUCAUUACUCUCUCCCCCGCUCAAAUUAAUUUCUAAAUAUUCUCUUCAUUAUUAUAUUUUUUUUCUUUCAUUAGUUAGCUGUUAUUAAUUUAUCGUUAACAUGAUUUGCAUCCUACAUUUAAAAAGUAAAGAUAAUAAUAAAUAAUAACAAGUAUAGCAAUAAAAUAAUGUGAAAACGAUAAAAAGCGCAUACAAAUCGACUGACAAAAACACAAAAAAAAUGAGAAAGAUAAAUAAAAUCAUUAACAACAUGCGUUGUGUACCAAAAAAAAGUUAAGUGAGAUCAUCACGCAAAUUCUUCUUCUACUUGCUGCGAUGUCAUUUGAUUAAGUCGAUGAAGUCAAACGUGAAAGCAAUAAAACAUUUUUCCUUUUUUAUGCUAUUGUUAUUCGGAGUGACAAAGAUUUGAAAAUAAUUUAACUAUUUUAUAUCGAAUGAAAGAAAAAAAAUAAUACAGACUGAGAAAGAAACUGUUAUAUCACCAAAGAAAUGUUUUUCCUCAAGAUUAAUGAAAAAUGUUGAUUCUCGACUAUUCAGUGAACAUCGGUCAGGAGUAAUGAGAAGAAAACGCUUUGCGAGAUGCUUCAAAGAAAGAUCAGAAAAUCAUUAGAAGAUGCAGAAGAAAAAAAACCAAAGAGAGCAUAAACAAACACACACACACACACACUUACAAAUAGAAGAAAGAAAAAGCUACACAAAACACAUUUUAGUUUAGUUAACUAAUUUAAAGUAAGAAACAUUAAAUUAAAUAUCCUUUAUUUAGACUAUCGAUUGAUUGAACUAUGCAUGGCGAUGGUAUCAAAAUAGUUACAGUCUCUGGCCAUCAAAUAAAAUGUAAAAAUAAUUCAUGGCAAGAAACUGUAACAUGUGAGCCAAGAAACGCUUCAGAAUACUUAUGAAUAAAUUAUAAUUCAUAAAAUUGGAAUUAUCUAAAUAUGUUAAGAACGGUGCCAAUGUCAUUUGAUUUAAGCGGAUUUUCAAAAUAACUAAACAUUUUCCCUUUUGUGUUUUUAUUGUUUUUCGGAUAAUCCUUUAAAACCUGACACAAUUGUCAUCUGUUUUCUUGUGAGCUUAAAAUUAAGCAAUAAAAUUUUUGAAAAGAAAGUACCGAAAAAUCUUUGUACUCACUUCAUCAGAAUAGAAACUUUAACUUAUAUCAAUAAAAAAUAUGAAAUCAAAUAUAUCGAGAUAAAAGAAAGAACUUUUAAACUGGAACGAAUAUCAUUUUGUCCCUCACGGAACUUUGCUGUUUUCAUCCAUGAAUACAUCAAUGAACCAUAUCUGUUUGGUUUAAGAUCAGAAAUUGUUAUCUAAUUUUCAAUCCAUGAGCAAAUCGUACGUAUACAUAUUUCUCGAACAAAUAUGAUUGAUAAAACAUUUAAAAAAGAGAACCUCUUUAAACGACAUAUUGCACAUUUCAAUAAUGUAAUUAAAAAUUCUACAUGAGAAGAUUUUUAUUUCUUAUUUUAAUUGAAUCAGUUUGCAAUGUAAAAAUUAAAAAACAAAGAUUUGGCAGACUUCUUUAAAAAAAAAUUAUCAGUAGACAAAUGCCAACAUGAAACGCAUAAAGAUCUGAUAGAUAUCUAACUUGAUACUAAUAAAAAUAAAUAUGAAAUGUCGUCUCUUACUUUGAACAAGAGUCAAUUUAAUCCUCGUGUCAAUAAAUUAAAUAAUUAUGAUCAUCAUCAACAUGAAAAUGGAAUGUUUGACCGCAAACACUCAAAGCGACUAAAAUCAUUAAUGUUUGCCUUAUAUUUUUUAUUCAACUAAUGAAAUUUUGCAUGAAGAAAGACGGUCAAAGAAAAGUUAGAAUAACAAAUUACGAAGAUUUCAUUUUCUAUAAACUUUAACCACUCGAGAAUGUUCCAAGCAAAUCUUUUUUUUUUCGCUUUAACUAAGUCAUUUCCUAACCAUUAUUAUUAAAAGCAGAAUUGAAAAUUGAUAAAUGUAUAAGGAAUUGAUUUCACCUUGUGUUAAGGAAAAUAAUUCCUACUAAGAUGAAAGGUUUAAUUUUUAAUCGAAAAGAAAACCGUAAAUUAUUCUUCCUAAAAAUUUGGAAUUCGUAGUAGAUUUAUUGUAAGAUGUCUGUCACAAUAUUUAGUUGAUAAGUUAUGGAAUAUUUAGGUGAUCAUGUUUAGAUGAAUUUUUUUUUGUGAGAAGAAAUCUAAUUAAAAAUAAUUUUUUACCAAAAAGAAAGAAAAGAAAAAUUUGUCAAUCGAAACAUGAAAUAAUUUCGAAAAUUAAUGUUUAUCAAACUUCUUGAUCGUGAGGGAAUAAAAGAGAAUCUGCUGUGUAUAAGCAAAUCAUUGAAAUCGAAAAAAAAAAUGAUAAAAAACUAAUUCAAAGAUUACAAAAAUAAAUAUUUUAUGGAAGUAAAUUAAUUUAAGCUCAACUGUUUGUUUUGUUUCUAUAUGAAAAGCUGUUUUUGAAAUUUCCUAAAACUUCCUUCAAAAACUGUCAGGAAAAAUGUUUUAGUGUGAAUUGAUGUUUAUGGAAGGCUCGUUUGUAAAAGAUUUUCUCAACUUAAUUGCUACUACGUUGAGCUCUAAAGUCUCUUUUGUACAAGUGAAAAUAAAAAAUUCUCCAUAAUAUAAAACUAUAACACGAAAACGUAUGUUUGCCUUGGAAAUGAAAAGAUUUCUUGAUAAAAUUAUCAAUUAAAAUAUGACGGAACAUAAAGAUAGAAUAAUCUUCUUUCAUAAAUAUGAGAAAUUAAAUAGCUGAAAGAAUCUUAAAUAUCUCGAGCUAAAAGUUAAGAAAAAAAAACAUGGAUCAAUAUUGUGAAAAAUAAAUUAUUUAAG